AUUCCAUUUCCGCUUUAGGGAGGGGACGUUUUUUUUUUUAAUCACUAAACUUUCUACUGAACUUUAAUUUCACGUCUAUCUGGACGGUCUGCUUCCUGCUAAAUCGGAUUAAUCCCUGGUUUUCAAACAUGGCGUCCUCUCCUCAGAAGUCUCCUUCUUCUCCAAAAUCUCCGACGCCCAAAUCUCCGUCCUCCAGAAAGAAGGAUGACUCUUUCCUGGGAAAACUUGGUGGAACUCUGGCGAGAAGGAAAAAAAAAGAAGUAACCGAGCUUCAGGAGGAGGGGAUUAACGCCAUCAAUCUUCCUCUCAGUCCCUCCCACUACGAGCUGGACCCUGAGGACACCAUGCUAGAGGAGAAUGAGGUGCGCACCAUGGUGGACCCCAACUCCAAGAACGAUCGCAAACUGCAGGAGCUCAUAAAGGUGCUGAUUGAUUGGAUAAAUGACGUCCUGGUUGGGGAGAGGAUCAUUGUGAAGGAUCUAGCUGAAGAUCUGUAUGAUGGACAAGUUCUGCAGAAACUAUUUGAGAAGCUGGAAGGCGAGAAACUGAACGUGGCAGAGGUGACCCAAUCGGAGAUCGCCCAGAAGCAGAAGCUGCAGACGGUUUUGGAGCGCAUAAACGAAUCGCUCAAACUGUCCACCAGGAGCAUCCGCUGGAAUGUCGACUCGGUUCAUGCCAAGAGUAUAGUUGCCAUCCUGCACCUGUUGGUGGCGCUGUCACAACACUUCAGAGCACCAAUCAGAUUGCCAGACCACGUUUCUAUUCAAGUAGUGGUGGUCCAGAAGAGAGAAGGCAUCCUUCAGUCCAGGCAGAUCCAAGAAGAAAUCACUGGCAACACAGAGGCUUUCUCUGGCAGACAUGAGCGCGAUGCUUUUGACACCCUGUUUGACCACGCUCCAGAUAAGCUGAAUGUUGUCAAAAAGACUUUGAUCACCUUUGUGAACAAACACCUGAACAAGCUGAACCUGGAAGUGUCAGAACUGGACACACAGUUUGCAGACGGCGUUUAUCUGGUGCUGCUGAUGGGUCUGUUGGAAGGAUACUUCGUGCCGCUCUACAACUUCUUUCUCACGCCUGAAAAUUUUGACCAAAAGGUUCACAACGUGUCGUUCUCCUUUGAGCUGAUGCAGGAUGGAGGUCUGGAGCGACCAAAGCCACGAGCUGAGGAUAUCGUGAACUGCGACCUUAAAUCAACGCUGCGCGUUCUCUAUAACCUCUUCUCCAGGUACAGAAACGUGGACUGAACGCUGCUCUUCACCAGUGGGAAGACAUUAAAGCAACACCAUUUGUUUUCAGUGAGGUUUUUUUUAAGCCAUCCGUUUGUUUUAAGAAGUUAUUCUGUUUUUUUACUAAAUGAAUCAAAUUUGUUGCACUCAGAAAAACCAAUAUCUACUUUUACGUUGUAAAAACGGAUCUAAAAAUGAGUUAAAUGUGCUUAAAAUAAAAUGUAUUUGCCCCUGAUAUGAGCAGGUAAUCGCCCACUAAAUAUGUUUGACAUGAAGAUAAUGGAGAUGAUUUUUCUUAUUUAAAACAUAAACCAUCUUUUUUAAGUGGCCAAUUGUCUCACCUGCUCAAAACAAGGGAAAUAAGGUUUUUUUUAAAGAAAAAGAGUUCAUUUUUCAAUUUUUGCAGAACAGUGCAACUUUAAAGAAAUAUUAUUGUUGUAAAUUGAGCUGAACAUCAUAAAGAUGCCUUUUCAAAGCUUAAAUAAGCCAAAUGAUUAGACGCCUAGGAUAGAUAUCAGGACCAGAUUUUGGAUAUUUUUCUUUUUUUUUAAUGUUUUAUAGAAAAAGGAAAGAAAAAAAUACAUUUAAAUGUAUUUAUUUCCAUGUUGAUACCAUGCGUGAUCUUUCGGUCCUCAUAAAUGUAUUUUAUUUAAACAUGUGAACCCUUAAAGUCCCUGAUUAAGACAAAUUAGUCCCCACAUGUCUGAAUUCUCCAGGUUUCCUUUGCAAAGUGAAACCUUUAAAAUAUUUGACCAAAGUUUCGCUGUUUUCCCAUAAUCUAACAUAAAACAUUUGCUAAGCAAAUUCCUGCCUUUUUUUUUAUAUUUUAUGAAUAAAAUGUAUUGGAUUUUUAUGAGCCAUAUAUACAGUAUAUAUACCCAUAUGUGCAUGGAAUGAUAAAGAAAAAGCUUUCUUCAGUAAAUAAUCCUGUCAUGGUUUAAAAACAAUCCCUGUAAUAUCUGUUUGUUCUAAUGCAUUACAUUUAAUAAAUAUCGCAGCGUUUGAAUGCGGUUACAUUUUUCUGCCCCUCAAUAGAAGUAAAGAGGAAUGUGUUUUGAGCCAAAACAAAAAUAAAAUAAAAAAUUGGGGUCAAAAUGCUUGCAAUUUUCUGAGUGCAGAAUGACAAGUGAACCUCCAGAACAAUUUUCUUUUCACUAAAUUGACACGGACUGUUAGAAAAGCAGAGUAAAAGCUUUCUGAAUUGGAGCUGACCCCAAUGCAGACCGAAAUAGACAGAGGACUUACUGAAAGGAUGAAAAGGUUCAUUUCUCCUCACACAUUCCACAAUAGCCUUUGAAAAGGUAGGGGGGAUUGGGUGUGUACGCGCCUGUGUUGAUGUAUUAUUGAUGACGCUGUGGCAUUGCUCGGGCCCACGCACGCUACACAGGCAUUCGGAUUGAGAUGUUUGGGAUUCUGUGUUGCUUUUCAAUUAAUUUCCGUGUCCAUUGUGUGUCCUCUGUGUAUGGCCUUAAAAAAAUAAACUAAAAUGCUUUUGGACUGUGAUGUAUUUGGGAGCGAAUCCAUUGUCCGGUUCUAAUUUAAUUUUCAACUCAAGAGUUUUGAGAGCCAGCGCUGAAGUGUCUUUUGUGUAGCUUAAGCACUGCUGUGUUACAGACAUUAAGUCUUUGUCCUGAGAAAAAAAGGUUUGUGUAAUGUAAAUAUGAGCAGAAUAAACCAAUAUUAAAAAUGUCUGCGUGAUACCUCUUGUAACCGUCUCAAAAUAA